AUGUUCUCUCUGCUCUCGAAUCAGUGCCACUUGAUAGUAUGCGCCAGUGUGUUAAUUGUUAAAACAUUCAAAUCUUACAUUCAAAUUUUCACACCAAUCAGGUUUUCAACACAAGCCUGCCGAUUUAUGGAUGCAUACCAUAGAGGAUUAAAUGGGAAGCAGGCUGCAUGGGCCUCGAAGAAGUAUAGAGGCCACUGA